CUCUCUCUCUCUCUCUCUCUAUCUCACUUACACAGACAUAUACCCUACUCUCUGGCAACUCCGAGCUCGUUAAUGGCGUCUCAGAUCUAACAGUACCAGUGUUCCAAACUUGUUACUUUCAGGCUUUGACACUCAUCCACAAACCGACGCCGUUUUUUUCUCUUUGAGGAAAUUCUUCUUCUUGAGUAGUUUUUUCCAUAUGCAGAGAAUGGCGUACAUGUUCCCUGAGGAGGUGCUCGAGCACGUGUUCUCGUUCAUUCAGUGUGACGAGGACCGCAACGCCAUCUCGCUGGUGUGCAAGUCCUGGUACGAGAUCGAGCGUUGGUGCAGGAGGAAAGUUUUCGUUGGGAACUGCUAUGCCGUGAGCCCUAUGAUGGUGAUCAAGCGGUUCCCGGAGGUGAGAUCCAUUGCUCUGAAAGGGAAGCCACAUUUCGCGGACUUCAAUUUGGUCCCUGAGGGAUGGGGUGGUUACGUUUGCCCUUGGAUCGCGGCUAUGUCUGGUGCCUUUCCCUGGCUCGAGGAGAUCAGACUCAAGAGGAUGGUCAUCACGGACGAGAGCUUGGAGCUCAUUGCUAAAUCCUUCAAAAACUUCAAAGUGUUGGUCCUCACCUCCUGUGAGGGUUUUACUACUGAUGGACUUGCCGCCAUUGCCAGCAAUUGCAGGAAUUUGAGGGAGUUGGACUUGCACGAGAGUGAAGUGGAGGACCUUAGUGGGCAUUGGCUAAGCCAUUUUCCUGAUUCCUACACAUCAUUAGUUUCACUCAACAUCUCUUGCUUAGUCAAUGAGGUGGGUUUGUCUGCCCUAGAGCGCCUGAUUGGUAGGUGCCCCAACUUGCAGACUCUCCGCCUCAAUCGUGCUGUUCCCCUUGAUAGGCUACCUAACCUACUUCGCCGGUGUCCUCAGCUGGUUGAGUUAGGCACAGGAGUCUACUCAACUGACAUGCGACCCGAGGUGUUCUCAAACCUGGCAACAGCAUUUUCUGAGUGCAAGCAAUUGAAGAGCUUGUCUGGCUUUUGGGAUGUGCUCCCAUCCUACCUUCCAGCUGUCUAUCCCAUCUGCUCCAGGCUAACAUCACUAAACUUGAGUUAUGCUAUUAUGCAAAGCUCUGAUCUUAUCAAUCUUAUCAGUCAGUGUCCAAAAUUGUUGCGGUUAUGGGUGCUGGAUUACAUUGAAGAUGCUGGUCUUGCCGCCCUUGCUGCGUCAUGCAAAGAUCUAAAGGAGUUAAGGGUGUUCCCAUCUGACCCAUAUGUUUUAGAACCAAAUGUUUCUUUGACAGAGCAGGGCCUUGUUUCUGUGUCUGAAGGUUGCCCCAAGCUCGAGUCAGUUCUAUAUUUUUGUCGUCAAAUGUCUAAUGUUGCCCUAAAUACUAUUGCGCGGAACAGGCCUAAUUUGACUUGUUUUCGCCUGUGCAUUAUUGAGCCUCGUACUCCUGACCAUCUUACCCUUCAACCACUGGACUCUGGUUUCGGAGCUAUUGUAGAGCAUUGCAAGGAUCUUCAGCGCCUUUCCCUAUCCGGUCUUCUUACUGACCGUGUUUUUGAUUAUAUUGGGACUUAUGGGAAGAAGCUGGAGAUGCUAUCUGUGGCUUUUGCUGGAGAUAGUGAUCUGGGACUUCAUUAUGUGCUGUCUGGGUGUGAGAAUCUUAAAAAGCUGGAGAUCAGGGACUGCCCCUUUGGUGACAAGGCUCUUUUGGCCAAUGCUGCAAAGCUGGAGACAAUGCGAUCCCUUUGGAUGUCCACUUGCUCAGUGAGCUAUGGAGCGUGUAAGCUUCUGGGUCAGAAACUGCCCAGACUUAAUGUGGAAGUCAUUGACGAGAGAGGACCUCCAGAUUCAAGGCCAGAGAGUUGCCCUGUUGAGAAGCUUUAUAUAUACAGGACUAUCGCCGGGCCGAGGUUGGACAUGCCUGGUUUUGUGUGUACAAUGGAGGAUGAUUCUUCACUAAGGCUUGAGUGAUCACGCCGUGGAUUGAGCCAAAGAAUCAAUGCAAAUUUGAUGUGGUGGGGAAUUGUUAAUAGCAGGUACAUGCUCAGUAUGCAGUUCACUAAUGAAAUGUACUGUUGCCUACCUGGCUUAUGUAGUUGCGGUGGUGGUUGUGCUGGGUACAGGAGGAGUACACAGAAGGCUUGAGAUUGAUUGCCAUUCAUUUUACACUUUGGCUGAGCUACGGGAUGCCAAUUUACUGAUUAAUAAAGAGACUGAAACUCUCUUGCUGCAUGUGCGUUAGCAAUUGUUAUAUUAUUCUUCAUAUUGCGGACUUCAAUUUGUUUGCAUGUUAACUUUGCUUCCGUAGUAAGAUAUUGGACACUCAAUUAUCGUUGUUAUUCUUCCCAUUGAAUAAUAUUCAUUUUCUAAUGCAACUUUGUUGGUUCUCCGCAACUUUGAUGCAUUUAUUUCAUUGUACCUUGC